CUUGCUCUGCUCUUGAAAUCGUUUAAUCGCAGCGACUCUCCCUCCGGCUUCCGUGCAAAAAUGGCGGUGAUGGGGGUCCAGCUGGUGGUCUCCUUGCUCGUGGCCAGCAUCAUGCAAAAGACGGCGUCGCACUUUUCCUUCGCACGAUGGAUCCUUUGUAGUGGAAGGUUGUACCGCUUCAGGCAUCCGUCCGAAGACGAGUUGUUUGCCUUGGCAGGCAAGCAGAAGCCAAAAGGGAGACGGGAACGGAGGCUCAAUGGUGUGACAGAGGACAAGCCGUCGUCUGUGCCUCGAGAUAUUGAUUUGCAGCUGGAGAGCAGCCCCAUCAGACCAGUGGAUGCCCUGGUCCUACGCUAUUUCUUGGAGUAUCAGUGGUACGUGGAUUUUGCCAUGUACUCUACCUUCGUGUACCUCUUCACUGAAGGUUACUACUGUCUGGUGGAUCCCAGGAAAGAAGCCAACAUCGGCAUACUCUGGUGCCUGCUCACGGUCUUCUUCUCCGUAAAAAUCUUCUUCAUGGUGAUGCACCACUAUUUCAAAUCCGAAGAGGGCGGCGAGCGCUCUGUUUGCCUGUCCUUCGCGCUCUUCUUCCUCCUGAUCGCUAUGGUGGUCCUCAUCGUCCGGGACGAUUACUUGGAGUUUGGCCUUGAUGCAGGCCUGACCAACGUUUACGACAACUUGGAAGUGUUCUUAAAGGAGCAAGCUUGGGACUGGACGAUCCCCGUGACCAAGCUGGGUAUCAAGCUGGCCCUGGUGGCUCUUUGCUCCUUCAUCGGCGCCUGCCUCACCUUCCCGGGGCUGCGGCUGGCUCAGACUCACCUGGAUGCGCUCAAGCUGGCGGCUGGCCGACCAAUGAUCCAGCUGCUGCUUCACACCAGUUUCCUGGCCCCAGUGAUCACCAUACUCCUGUGGGUCAAACCAAUUUCCCGGGAUCUCCUCUUGCACGCCCCCAUGGGCAAGGAAACGGUCCAAAUCAUGUCGGACACCGCCUACAACUCCUGCCGCCUCUGGGCCAUCGUGGCGCUCUGCCUCCUCCGCCUGGCCAUGAUCCACCACCACCUUCAGGCAUACUUGAAUCUCGCCCCGCGCUGGGUGGAGCAGAUGAAGCGGGAAGCGGGCCGGAUCAGCGUGUUGGAGAUCCAGCAAAGGAUCACCAGAAUCUACUGUUACGUGUCUGUGGUCAGCCUGCAAUACCUGGGCCCCAUUAUUCUAACUCUGCACUGUACGCUGCUCCUCAAAACUCUAGGCGAAUAUUCCUGGGGCCUUUACCCGGAGCCGGCUCCGAUGUCACCAGCUGUGGACGCCGCCCCCAUUAUCCGAGCUGGGCCCUCGACCAACGCUGGCGAGGAGGACAUCCAGGCCACCGUGGAGCAGAUCACAGGGGUGCUGGGGGCGCUUGGCACUGUCUUCACUCCUCUCUUCUACCGCGGGCUCCUCUCGUUCCUCACCUGGUGGGUAGCCGCCUGCCAGGUUGUCUCCAGCCUCUUCGGCCUCUACUUCCAUCAGUACCUGGCUGCCUCCUAACUCGGCUGGGCAUGGAGCUGGAUUAACUCAGGCCCUCCCGCCCUGUGCCAGUGUAGCCUUUGCACCGGGGGGCUUUGGCUUUGCCUGGCAGGCUGUGCCGCAUCCUCUCUGCUAUGCAAGGGUGGACAAUUAAGUGCGGAGCUGGGACCAGUGAUGGGGCAGCCGCUGUGCAACGCCUCUUCCCAGCAAAGGAGGAAGUCUUUCGUCCAUGCCCCUUCCUCUGUGCACUGCCUGCUGCCCCCCAGGAGUGGCAGAGAGCGGACAGGACCUUGAUUUCAGGAUCGCUCCUCUCACCCACGUUGCCUUCAAGCUGACAGAUUCAAAGGGCUAAGGAGACAUUAGCAGGGUGGGCCCAAAGUUGUCAGCGUGUUCCUUGCGUGUGGAAGUGGAGCCGCAGCACAGCAACCAAGAAUCUCUACUUUUCUUUCUUUGGCAAGGGGUUUCUAGUCCUCAGGAGUGCAAAAAAUACUGGAAUGCAAUGGGAACGGGGGAGGGAAGCCCGCUGUGAUCACAAGGAGGCUGAAGAGUGGCUACGAAAUGGCUGGAUGCAAAUCUGCCCCUGCUCAAAACUUGGAAGUUAGGGUUCCCCAGCAAUGUUCCCUCUAAGCUGCAGAGUCUUGUGAGCAAAAAUUCUACUUUGUGAGCUGCUGGCAUGAAAGUUGUGAGCUUCUGCAUAAAUCAUUGUGCUCUGGGGUCAUCCUUCCUGAGCUAAGACAAAAAUGUGUGAGCUGCAGGUUAAAAAUCCGAGAGCUAGCUCAAGCUAACUCAGCUUAGAGGGAACACUGGUACCCAGGGCUUUUUUUGUAGCAGGAGCUGUAAGCUACAUUGGGAGCCGUGGCCUAAUAGGCAAAGGAGUUCCUGCUACAAAAAAAAAAAAGCCCCUGGUGUCCCCAACUGUUUUGAGAUUGUGGGCAUGUAGGGAAUUCUGAGACAAGGUGGUGGGCGCUGCCACAAGCAUCUCAGGGAGUGAAGUUGUGCAUCAAUGGGGACUUUUCAGCAUCUCAGGCAAAAGCUGUAUUUGACAGGACGCUAAUUUAGAACGAACGUCAAAACAUUUUUUUGUGUACGUCAUUAUUCGUGUCGGGGAGAGCUUUGUGUUGUGGCAGCAGCAGCUGCUGCUGAAGCGACGCCUGAAAAACCUUCCCAGCCAAUGAGAUCUCCAGUGGCCAUUUUGUAAAAAAGGACUCCGUGUAUGCCUGGAACAGUGUCAGCAGGCACCCACAGGCACUGUGCCGGGGAUCCCCGAGUUAAAUCGUACAGAAUGUAAAUCUUUAUGUGCACCGUGGAAUUUGAAUGGAAAAAGGCAAUGUCUCCCUUGGGGUCGUUCAUAAAAUGUAAAAGUAUCAUC